AAAAUUGGCCAACAUCGCAAUCUUCUUCACACAAUUCCUUCAACUGUCUUCAGAAGAGCAGCUAAACAACCGAAACCGGCUAAAAAUGAAAUUGAUCGUCGCUGUCGCUUUCUUGGCCGUGGCCCUCGCCGCUCCUCAAGGAGAUAAAAAGCCCAUCGAAAUUGUGUCAUCCAACAGCGAAAUGAACGCCGACGGCAGCUACUCCUUCGAUUUCGAGUCUGCCGAUGGCACCAAAGUGUCUGAAAGUGGCAGCCAGAAACAAGUUGGACCCAAACCGGAGGAUAUCGGCACCGUGUCCAAGGGCUCCUACUCGUUCACGACUCCCGACGGCGUCGUCCUCACCGUCAAUUGGGUGGCCGAUGAAAACGGAUUCCAGGCCACCGGCGACCACCUCCCCACUCCUCCACCCAUGCCCGAGCACGUCGUCAAGAUCCUCGCGGACCUCAAAACCGCCGGAGUUCUAUAAAUAAUUACACAUUAUAUUAUUUCAACCGGAUGUACAUAACGCUCACAUACCCCAAACUUUGACACAAGUUGGGCUUGAGUCAACAACAAAAUUACAUUAAAACAAACGAGAAAUAAAAAUGUUUUUUCUCCUUUUAAAAUUUCAGGUUAUUUUAUACAAAGUCGUUCCUGGAAAUUCAAAGGCAAUGGUGAUGUCUAUAUUAUUACAGAAAUUCUAGAGAACGAAUUCGGGCUAACCGAAACAAUACAUUUUUGAUUCAAUUGAAACAUAGCGUAUCGUAACACGUUGGACAACGGAAAAAAAUCAUCCUCAGUGGAGUGCGAAAGAAAUGCGGAAUAAAGUUGAAUGAAACCAG